CCCCCAAAAAUCCCCAAUAUCGAAACCAGCCCUUCCUUCCUUCCCCUUCUCUCCAUCCUCCCUCCUUCUGGAAUCCUCUACGAGACUCUCUCAUGUGGCCAGACUGGCUGAAAUCGCCAACUAGGGUUCCGUCGCCAACUUCGAAUUCGACUGCGAUUUCCGUACCGGCGCACAAGAAGAAAUUCUCCUGCUCCUCCUUCAAAGACAUCCAAACCCUCAUCUCCGAGCAGGACCAUGGCGGCGGCGGAAUCGGCUCAUCCGCUCCUCCUUCUAUCUCGCCCCGGACGCCUUCCAUCUUCCACCGCGUCCGGAUCUCCACCUCCGUCCUCCGCUACCUCCGCAAGUCUCUCCCGCCCUCCCUUCCGCAGCUGAAAGAGGCGCAGCAGCAGCAGGACUGCGUCGUCCUCUACUUCACCAGCCUCCGCGUCGUGCGGCGGACGUUCGACGACUGCUACGCCGUCAGAUCGAUCCUCCGCGGGUUCCGUGUCCCGAUCGACGAGCGAGACUUGUCGAUGGACGGGAAGUACCUCGGCGAGGUGCAGGAGAUCCUGGGAACCUCCGGUAAGGUGACGCUCCCGGUGGUCCUCAUCGGCGGGAGGCGCAUCGUCGGGCUGGACGAGAUCAGGGAGCUCCACGAGAGCGGGGAGUUGAAGAGGAUCUUCUCAGGGUUGUCGGCUGCGGCGAUUGCGCCGUCCAACGAGUGCGAUCUGUGCGGAGGUCUGAGAUUCGUUCUUUGCGAACAGUGCAGCGGCAGCCACAAGAUCUACUCCGAGAAGCACGGGUUCCGAAGCUGCGCCGCGUGCAACGUCAACGGUUUGGUUCGCUGCCCGGACUGCUACCCGCCUGCCCGCCGCCGCAUGUCCAUCGCGUAGCUCCUCCUCCACCGAUUACUAACCAACUGAAUGCAGGAGAAUCCAGGUCAUGGUGCGUGGUUAGUGGAUUAAUACUAGAUUUCUCCUUUCUCGUUUUUUUUAUUUCCCGUAAUUAACUGGGUGAAAAUUUUAGAGGAAACUGGAAUCCCCGAUUUGAGUAGUGGAAUUGUAAAUUUGUUAGAAAGUUUGUUUGUUCACCGAUUUGCCCCUCCGGCCGGGGUGAUUAGUGCCGGGGAACUGUAGUUGGCAACAACUGUCACCGACUUAUUUGGCCCUUUUUGUAAUGACGCUAUAAAUGCUUAAUUGACUUGUUCGUAGGAAACGAAAAAAAAAUCCUUUUCCCAUAUGAUUACUUCUUCGACAAUUCUUCAAAUUUUUUAGGCUGAUAAUAAUUUAAAUUUAAAUUUGAUUUUUGAAAUAUAAUAGUAUUAAUACGAUAGAUGAAGAGGAACAGCUCAGAUAUAGAUGGAUGGUAAAGUGGUUGAUCAGAGUUGUUGUUUUGCUGUAGAGUAGACGCAAGGGUCUAGGCAUAAUCGACAUGGGCAUAUGGGCACGAGGAAAAUAGAACGUUUAUUGUCGGCUUAGUUAUAAUGCCAACAAAAAAGAAAUUUCCAACAAAGAAAAACCCUGUUCGAGGGCGCGGGCACGCAGCUUCUAAUUUCUCCGUCGAGGAGCCGGCCCAAGGUACCACUGUGAAAAUGUGAGCAUCGUAAUAUGGGGUUGUUGGCGGAUGUGGAGAUUCUCGUAUCAUUGCUUUAUGUGGAUUAUGGAGGAUAAUCGGGAGUUUGGAGGGUUUUAAAAAAAAAAUUAGUUAAGAACAUUGGGGAUCGAAUUAAAUUUCUUCGUGAUAAGAAACAAAAUUCUGCGAAAUUUGGUCUACUUUCCUAUCCAUCACGUGUUCUGGUGAAAGCCUGAAAAGAGAAAAAGGGCUCCCGUCCUCCCACCCCAUCCACUUGCCUUUCUUUUUAUAAAGCGCUCUGAUUCGUCUCAUGUGGAGAGGUAAUAAUGCAUUGUGCAGAACCUUUCCUGGCAAGCAGCAAGCAAUUUGGGCUCUUCUUUUGUUAUAAAGAAAGCCAUUGGGCUGUUGUAGCAGUCGUGGGUUUUCUGGGCUUCCUUUCCGGGGGUUCACAUAUGGGCCAGCUAUAAUGGGCUUCAGUCCCUUCCGGCUUCUAUUUGUCGCCAAGACUAGGCAGCAGAAUUUUUUUUUUUUUUUUUGUAGGAUAGCAGAAAUUCCUUACCAAGUCUGCCAUGGAUCGAAAUUUUAUGUUGAAGCGUUUGGUUUUAACUUGACAUCAAAUAUUAGAAAAUCAAGAGUAUGUAUGUUAAAAUGUAAAUGGUAGAAUAUUCCUGUAUAAUAAUUAUGACAGAGAUAAGAUAACAUUCAUCUAUCACAUUCGAAGUCCCAAUUCACAAAAUUUCUUACUAAGAUUUGUCCUAAAAUUAACACAAAAUUAAGAAAGUUGGGAUUGGGCCACAUGACAUGAUACAUCACACAUAUAUGUGUGAUGUAAAGCCUCUGGAAACCAGUAGCGUGGAUGGAUGAGGAAAAAUGGGAAAUUGCAGGUUGGAAAUUAUUAUUUGACUAGAUUUAAGUUGGCCGGAUUACUUUAAGUUAUCGACUCGUAUGAUGAGAAACCGAGAUGAAGCGUGAGAGCAUUUAUUUUCGAAGUUUUGUUUUUGCUAAUAUGGGUUGUCCGGAUUGGAGGCCAGAGAAGGGCCCAUGAAAAUAUUUUGUCCCAUUCCAAAUGGUUUAGGCCUACCUAACUUGCAUUACCAAGAACUACUAUGAAAUAUCAUAGUUAACAACCAAACGAUAAGUCAAUGUUGAAAAUCAAAACCAUAAACACUUGCAGGAAUGCAAAGAAAUUGCUUUUUUAGCCACCAAAUUGGUUGCUCGGUUGUUCUAUAUGCCUAUGAAUUCCAGAACAAAACUUUCAUACAAAAAGCUUGUGUUUUCGGUCAAUAUUCUUCAUCUUUACUCUCUCCUAUUAUAUGUAUGCCUCUCUCUGGAGAAACAAACACCCGUUAUCUUUCGGUCACAUCUAUUAAUUUCCAAAUGUUUUUCAAAUUUCUUCAAGUUUGUAUUUUUGUGCUCUAAAGUAGGAGCACCAACCCAAGUCCCUUGAAUUGUGUGGUUUAACAUUUAAGGAUUACUUAAUGUUAGAGAAUAUGUAAAUAAAUUUAGUAGAAAUACAAAAAUGUUUAAAUCGCAUAGCUAUUCACAUUCAGAUAAAUAAGUUUCUACCCGUUCAUAAUAUUUAAUAUAAAAGACAUUCAAUAGAUGCAAUUAUUACUCGAAUUUGGUUGCUAGAUGAAAUACUAAAUUUCAAUCAACUACCACUAAAAGCCAAAGAUUGUAAAAGCUUACUGGAGGUUAUACUGGAAAAGUAAAUGGUUGGGUAUUUUGUACUAAAAUCAGAAAUGCGUUAGGGUGGUAACUAUUUUUCUAGUAGCCACCGUGGCUACAUCAGUAUCCACCAUUUAUUUUCUUCUGUUUCCUCUUUUUCAAUCUUACAGUUAAGAUUGCCUCAAGAUAGUUUUGGGGGAAAAAAAGACCACACUUGAUUAUUCUAUAUAUUCUACCCUAACCCUACUUCUACAGCCAAACCCGCCGUAGCCGCAAGCUCUCACCCUCCCUGAUGAUGGCUUAGGGUUUGCGAGAGGAUGAGGGCCACUGCCCUCUCUCGCCUCCCUAACCGUCAGCUUCUUCCUCGGCGGCGCCCUGGGUUUAGAGAGGAGAUGGACGAUGUCGCCUUCCUUCGCUGACAGCUCUGCUUCUUCAUCCGUCGUCGUCUGCUUGUACGACGACUCCUUCCACACCUCUUUCUCCGGCCACGGGCAAGCCACCAGUCGGAUGGGUGGCGAUCCCAGCACUGUCGUGCUCACCCUCGUCUCCCGCAAUGCAAAUCGGCAGCCCUAUGCCGCCUCUUCCCUUAGCUCGAUGUCGCGCUAGGCCUCCCCACUGACUGUCGUAAUCUCCUCUACGCUCGUCGGUUCCUCUUGCGGCAUGGUUAAUGGCGCAACCUCCACCGUCUGUUCCAUCAUCGUCGUCGCCCCGACUGGACCCGCCGUCCCGUGCGCGCCUAGGGCUGCUGUGUUGGCCGUGCAGACCUCCAGCAUCUUUAAGGAUUGGUAUUUUUUUUUUAAAUGGUAGUGAUUUUUUUUGUAGUGAUUUUUUUUUAAAUGGUAGUGAUUUUUUCCAUAGUGGUAGUGUUUAUGUCGUAUUGGUGUUGUUUUUGUCACAUUGGUAUUAUAUUUGUCGCAUUGGUAUUGAUUUUGCCCCAUUGGUAUUGAUUUUAUCGCAUUGGUAGUGAUUAAAUCUGCAAUGGUAUUGGUGUUUUGUGAAAUGGUAGUAUUUUUAUUUCUCGAAUGAUAUUGAUGUUUUGUACAAUGGUAGUAUUUUUUUAAUGGAUUGGUAUUUAUUAUUUUGUUGUUGCAGCGGUAUUAGUUUGGCUGAACGAAAUCAAGGAAAGAUUAAGAAAAAGAAGGAAGAGAGAUCUGGCUGAAAAAUUGUGGAAGUGAGAGAAAGAGAGAGAAAAUUUGUAUUUAAUAUAUUUAUUUAAUUUCCUAAAAUAUAAUUUAUUAAAAAAGAUCAUUAAUAAAAUUUUUAUUAUACCCAGUUUGCCCUUAGUAACCACGGUGAUUACUAUUUUAUAGUAACCACCGUAACUUAUCCCCUAAAAUCUUGAUUCACCAUAGUUCAAAUAUUUCCUACCGCUAAAACCACAUAUUGGUUGGGUCGGGUAUUCGAUAUUUCUGGUCCAACCAGAUGGUACGAUAGGGUUUCUAAAAUAUUGCUAAUUGCAUAAUUAAUAAGUUUACUUCUUGUUAGACCUGAUAAGCAAAAGUCUGACUUGGUAGGUACUCCAAUAAAACAGGGCACACAAUAAAUCUCAAUUGCUCACUCAUGGCCCUAACCAAUCAAAUAAGACCCAACAUGCACCUAGAUCUAGGAAAUACAUGCUCAACGACAAUACAAAUGAGAAAAAUGUCCACACUGAAGAGAGAAGGUAAUCAACCAUAGGGCCACACGCAUUCUGGUUCAUCAAAUUGAUGCUCAAACAUUUUAAGUUAUAACGAAUAUUGAGACCACUUAAAAGGACAAACAGAGUGCCAUAAAUAGGCGUGCACCUUAUCCAUUAUUAAAUGCGUUAAAGAUAGUCCAUAAACGAACUCAUGUACUUGGACAUACCAUUAAUAAUAUUUAACAUGAUUUCCUAGUAUAAACAGAGGCAACGUAUCUAGAGAGGGCAUACACUAAUACAAAAAAUCUUCAACAAUCAACCUGAAAAUCAUUUCGUAUAUGAGUCUCACCAGCCUCCUACGCUUAGAACCUUUCUUUCUCUCUUCAUAUUUUCCUGAUAACUUUUUUGUAGUUUCCUUGCUUAACUGUCAUAAUAUUAUCAAACACCAAUCCAUCCACCUAUUCUAUCUCUAUGCCCACCCAUCACAAUCACACAUUUUGCAGAAUUAGUCUUCCAAAAUCUCCUCUGCGUGCUUGAAAUUUGAAAUAGGGCAUAUAUUAAGAUUGAUUUAGAGAAUUUGAGUUAGAUCUACUUAGAGAUUAAAAUGAAACUUCUAAAUUUCGAGAUACGAAAACAAUUUUUAUUGAAUAAUUGGGUUAGUUUGCAAAAUAUAUUUAAUAAGUGAGGCUUAUCUUUUUUUUCUCUAUGUCCUACUUAAUAGUGAAUGAUUUAUCAGAAUAUCAAAAUGAGCUACUUUCUCUAUUUUCUAUAUUUACAACAAAUGUCAAAUGGAACUUAAGGAAAUUACUAAAACUGAUUUUCACAAUGGGCCCAUAACAAAAUUACGACUUUGGC